UUCACCGUGGGGCCUGAUAAUGUGCAGUUUAGUGCCAUCAUCUUCAGCGAUUUUGCUUCAUUGCUGUUUAGAUUUUCUGACUACACUUCUGUAGAUGACAUAUCCAAGGCCUUGCUGAAUGCUUCAUACCAGAAUGGUAUGACGAACACCGCUGCAGCACUACGUUUGGCUAGAAAGGUGGCCUUUUCAGAGGCCAGUGGGGCCAGGCAGAAUGUCGGCAAAGUUUGCAUCCUUCUUACUGAUGGCCUGUCCAACAAUCCGGAUCUUCUGGAACCUUUGGAUAUAUCAGUGAUUGCGGUUGGCGUUGGGCCGGGCGCUGAUCAGAGAGAGCUGCAUGACAUUGCAUCGCCACCGAGCCAGGUGUUUGAAGUAGACAAUUUCAAUGUCCUUGGUGCUAUCAGAAAUGCUUUGGUCACUACAGCUUGUAACCGUGAGUCUUGUAUUACUUUGAUUGAUUUACAGUGCAACGGGGUUGCAGAUAUUCUACUCAUCUUAGACUCAUCUGGAACAUUUGUGGCUCAACUGACCACUAACUUUACAGUUGGACCGCGACAUGUCCAGUUUGGUUUGAUUAUCUUCAGCAGUAGCGCAUUCAUUGAGUUCAACUUCACUAGAUACACAUCCACAGACGACUUGUAUCAGGCCAUCAUUGGGGCCCCCUAUCUUGGGGGAGGUACCGACACGGCCGGUGGUCUCAGGUUGGCCAGGCUUGUCUCCUUCACUCCUGAAGCUGGUGCCCGACAUGGUGUGGGGAAAGCUGCCAUUGUUGUCACAGACGGUGUAUCCAAUAAUGCACAGGAAACUGCAGAGGAAUCCAGCUUGUUAAAGAACAUUGGAGUAACAGUAAUGUCCGUUGGAGUUGGGCAGUACGUGGACAGGACGGAACUGCUGACCAUUGCUUCAGCACCAAACCUGGUCUUUGAAGUGGACAAUUUCAACGUCCUGGAUGCCAUCAGCAAAUCUUUGCUGACCUCAGCCUGUAACUCGUUAACCAACACAGAUGCAGCACUAAAACUGGCCAGACAAGUGGCUUUCACCGCUGCCAACGGAGCCAGACCUGGCGCCAAAAAGGCAGCUAUAGUCCUCACCGACGGAGCUUCCAAUAACUCCAUUGAAGCCGGCCUCUUCAAACAGUCAGGAGUUAAAGUCUUAGGCAUCGGUAUCGGCACCUAUUUCGCCAUAGACGAGCUACUCGUCAUCGCCUCGUCUCCCAACCUAGUGUACAACGUCAGUGGAUAUGACGUGCUGACCUCGAUCGUCCGGGAAGUGGCCAUUACAACCUGCCAAAGUAAUUGA